UUGUUAUUGCGCUCUUAGUAACCAGGAGGAAAUGCAAAGUUCAUUGCUAGAUACAGAGCAAGGUAAAGGAUUCCGGACCGAAUUAUUAAAUCCAGAAAAAAUUCAAUUGGAUAAAGCCAAUGCGGUCAUUAAGUUCAUCUGAAGCACUGCAAUUUUGUCACAGACGUUGCCCUGAGACUGAGAGUGAGGUUUGUCUGAGGGAUACACCUUGACAAUUGGAAGAGCUGUCGCUUGGAGACUGCGGGAGGUGGGGAUCAGGAGCGCAGGCUUCGGUAGCACAUGAUGUUCAAGGACUACAGAUCUGCUCGUGCUGGAGGAUUGAACCCACUCCCCUUUGAUCCAGCCACCAACAAUGAACCUCUUCAGUUCAGCAACUCCAGUGGGCCCCUGGUGACAGAUUGUCCACUGGAGAACGGAGCUGAGAACAGCAAGAAGAGGAAGAGACCGAACCUGCCCCCAGAGGGAAUUCGGAACAUGGCCAUGGACUCCAGCCAGAUGGGUAUGCCCAUGUCGGACCCCAACGCCUGGGCCACUGCCAUGAACAACCUGGGGAUGGCGCCGCUGGGCAUGAACGGCCAGCCCCUCAUGUCAGAUUUCGACCCAAGCCUCGGCAUGAUGACAGGAAUCGCGCCCAUGAACCCCAUGAUGCCCGGGCUGGGCAUGGUGCCACCGCCCAUCUCGCAGGACAUGCCAAUCGUCAAGGAGAUCAUCCACUGCAAGAGCUGCACGCUUUUCCCUCCCAACCCAAACCUGCCUCCCCCUGCCACCAGAGAGCGACCCCCUGGCUGCAAGACAGUGUUCGUGGGAGGCCUGCCGGAGAACGCCACCGAGCAGCUGAUUGUGGAGGUGUUUGAGCAGUGCGGCGAGAUCAGCGCCAUCCGAAAGAGCAAGAAGAACUUCUGCCACAUCCGCUUUGCAGAGGAGUGCACCGUUGACAAGGCCCUCUUCCUGUCCGGCUAUCGGAUCAGGCUGGGCUCCAGCACCGAUAAGAAGGACACGGGCCGGCUGCACGUGGACUUCGCCCAGGCGCGGGACGACCUGUACGAGUGGGAGUGCCGGCAGCGCAUGCUGGCCCGCGAGGAGCGGCACCGGCGCCGCAUCGAGGAGGACCUCCUGAGGCCGCCCUCCCCACCGCCCAUUGUCCACUACUCGGAGCACGAGUGCGGCCUUCUGGGAGACAAGAUCAAAGAUGACUCCCUGUUCCCUGAGGCCAUCCGUGUCCUGUUGACCUGGGUGGAGCGGGGUGAGGUCAACCGCCGCAAUGCCAACAACUUCUACUCCAUGAUCCAGUCCUCCAACAGCCACAUCCGCCGGCUGAUGAAUGAGAAGGCCGCCCACGAGAAGGAGAUGGAGGAGGCCAAGGAGAAAUUCAAGAAUGCCCUGGCUGGGAUCCUGGUGCAAUUUGAGCAGAUUGUGUCUGUAUUCCACGCUGCUUCCAAACAAAAGGCAUGGGACCAUUUCUCCAAAGCCCAGCGCAAGAACCUGGACGUGUGGCGCAAGCAAGCAGAGGAGAUCCGCAACAUCCACAAUGAGGAGCUUAUGGGCAUCCGACGGGAAGAGGAGAUGGAGAUGUCGGACGACGACAUGGAGGAUGCCUCGGAGAGUAAGGACUCGGAGGAUUCGGGCCCGGCUGCCCAGGCAGAGGCCUUGAAGGAGGAGAACGACAGCCUACGCUGUCAGCUGGACGCCUACAGGAACGAGGUGGAGCUGCUGAAGCAGGAGCAGGGCAAGGCCCAGCCGCAGCGCAGUGAGGAGGACGCCACGCGCCAGCAGCAGCUCACCUUCCUACAGCAGGCUCUGCAGGGCAUGCAAAAGCAACUGCUGAAGAUCCGCGAGGAGCUGAAGCAGCGGGAGGCGGAGCUUGAGAAGAGCGCGGAGGAGAAGCAGCAGCUGGAGAUCCAAGUGCAGAGCCUGCAGGAGAGAGUGCUGACCUUCCCGCUGACGCACCCACCCGCGCUGGAGUCCGCAGAGGGGGAUGACAGAGGGACAGAGGAGAUUGCUGCUCAGGCCUGCGAAGGAGCCACACCGACAGUGCUGUCCUGCACACAGGAGAAGGAGAGCCCCCCUGAGAUGGGCCCCCCGAGUCCUGUCAAGUCAGAGAGAGAGGCCCUGCUUGUCGGAAUCAUCUCCACCUUCCUUCACGUCCACCCAUUCGGAGCCAGCAUCGAGUACAUCUGCUCCUACUUACAGUGCCUGGACACAAAGAUCAGCACCUCAGAGGUGGAAGCCCUGCUGGGUCGCCUGCCCUGCACGUUCAUGCAGGAGCUGACAGGCGUGGGAGCCAGCCUGGAGAAGAGGUGGAAGUUCUGCGGGUUCGAGGGGAUCAAGACGGCAUAGGGGCCGGGUCGUGGAGGGAAGAACUGUAAUGCGGGCUGGGUCUCCCUCAAUCGCUCGCCUGCUCUCCCGAGCAAGUCUGCCAGGCCCUCCGGGUUAUGACCCAGUGGGUCUCUCACACCGAGGAGCACAACCGGUAACAAAGGCCUGACCGUGUUUCCUCUUAGGCUAUACUUCUCACCGCAGGCCAGACGGCCCGAAUCACAGUGUGUCUGUUCCAGCUGUAACCAAGCUGCCGGGCCUG